CAUGAUGGGAGGAUAAGCUGCUUUCUUUUAUUAUUGCCAUCAGUUCUUUAAUUACUUUAUAAUCUAGUUCUUGGUACACUGGUUGUUGGUUUGGUGCAUAUAUUACUAGGCAGGCCAUAACGACCGCCAAGUUGCCCUCCUUCAUGGUGGCCUCCCAGCAUUUUUGCCAACACUGGACUACCGCGUUGCCAUCUCAGGCAGGAAGUGAGUCCGCUGCCUGCUUGUGAUAUGGGAAUUCCGUGCCAAGGGGGCCUGCCACACAGGCCAAGGCAGUCCUGCAGGGCCUGGGUUGAUCUUGGGGUAAGGCAAUUCUGUGGGGUUUGGAUUAAACUCGGGGUCGCAUAUGGGUUCUGGUGGCGCUGAGGGUUUGGGGAAAUUAACUUAAAGCUACGUAACAGCUGACAUUUGAGUGACUUCCUUUAAUGGCUGCCAUGAUUGUUCCCCAAGUAGCAAGGUGUCUGCAAGCUUCGGCAUUGCCAUCCCUGGUGAUAUCAAAGGGUCUCUUGGCCCAUUGCUUGCCAGGUUUCUAAUCAAAAGGGCCCACUAAAGGGAAAACCUUUAACUUGAUUCAACACCCAGUCCAGCAGGGUGCUUAGUUUCACAUCAGCCAUGUUAAUAGAUUGCUGAUGUAGGAGCUGCCUGACCUGGCCCAAGCUCCUGCUUUGUUUACAGGAUAUUCCACCUUCCAUACUUUCUCCCACUGGUCCACUACCCCGCCAGUGAGGUGCGCACACCUUAAAUUCCUGAGUUCCUUCCUGAACUCUUGAGUUCCUUCCCAAACUCUUCCCGGAUCCUUUUCCCAGCUCUACUUCCUGCAUCCUCCCUGGAUCCUUUCCUUGGAUCCUUUCAUGGAUCCUUUUCCCAGACUCUUCCUGGUCAGUUCCUUGACCCAAUGAGAGCUGCUGCUGGAGUGGACCACACACGCUGCACCGCCUUUAUAGGUCCCCAACUGGGGCAGCCAUUUAUAGCAGUCCCUGUUUGGGCACCAUUUGUAGCAGCGGGGAGCAAAGCGUCACAGACCCCCUUGUGCAUCCGAAGGAGAUCUAUCGUAAAAAUCGGCCCCUUUUUAUAUCUUUAAUUUCAACUUGACAUAACUGAAACCAAACCUUAGAGACACUUAACAGACCUUAACAGAAAGAAGGCACCCAUUGGCUGGCUCAGCUGCCACGCUGCUCUCCACAUGUUCUCCCAGCCAAUCAGCUUCCUGCUCGUACACUGUCCACGCAUUCCUCCAGCCAAUCAGCUUCCUGCUCAUACACUGUCCAUGCGUUCCUCCAGCCAAUCACAAUCUCACUGCCAGCCGACACUCCUCACUCACAAUGGCCUCUCACCUCUCAACAGACUCCCAGCCAUGCCGUUCCUGUGGAGACUUCUCGUGAGCAUAAGCCAUAGAAACUUUAAUAAUCAUAACCCCGUAUCCGACAAGCUCUAAAUCAGGCUGUGGUCCUGGACAGAUACUUGCGACCAUCCACACUGGUUGAGAGGUUCCAGGGCAUGGAUCAUGGCCUGUAUUUGUAAGGGCCAUUAAUAAAGCGCGAGGAAAAGCAACUGUCAGUGAUCCCAGAAGGAAGAGAUGUUGAAACCACAGGCAGAAAACAGAAACUUGGGACGCACAUCUUCACCGGAAUGUCUGUGGGGGAAAACAGAUUGCAAUGGCACUGCAAGCUGGAACACGUGUGAUUCAGAGCCAUGUCAGGUGACAGAUUCUGUACAAGCCUUUGAGGCAGCUUGGAGACAAAUGAAACUGUGAUAGGACACCAUGUCAGUAUCCAUGGGCUGAGAAAAUGAUGACCAAUUGAACGGGUAUCAAAGAAGACCAAAGACAUAAGUGAUAAAGUGGCUGCAGGGACUGAUUAAUGAAAGGAGAUAAAAAGAAAGGAUGGCAAUAACUAGGAAAAUGAGUGAUGCCUGUGUGUAAAACACAAACAGCCAUCGAGAAGAAAAGCUGUUCAGGGGAGUACACAAUGUGUAAUCAGAAGUAAUUGGGUGAAACUGGACAAAUGAAAACAUAGACCAAAUAUCUUCCUGACCAUGGAACUUUCUGGACCGUGAAACAGACUUGAAAAGAAAGAGGUGCAAGCCACAGUUCCUGAGGCAUUUAAGAGAAAAAUCAUACAAGUGCUCUACCAUCAGGGGAGCAGAGUAGAUGACCUAACAAAUCUUUUCCACCUCAAUUUUCUACAUUUGAUAUAAAGAAUCUCAAAAACUUCCAACCUGCCAUGAGACAGAGAAUAAUAACCCAGCUCUCGGGGAAAGCCAGUGGUAAUCUCAUGCAGGUAAAAAGGCAACAUGUCAUGGUGAUGAAACAGAGAGGAUAAGAGGGGAGAGAGAGGCAAUGCCCUGUAUUUGGCAUUCAGUUUCGGACUCCUCACUUUAAAAAGGACAUUGAGGUGUUGUGGCGUGUCCAGAGAAGGGCACAAGGCUUGUGAAGGGUCUAGAAAACAUGUCUUAUGGGGAAUGCCCGAGGGAGCUGGAGUUUAGUCUUGAGGAGGCUCUGGGGAGACCUCCUUGCUCUCUACAACUCCCUGACAGGGGGAUGGAGGGGGCCAGUCCCUUCUGCCAUGCCCUCAGUGAGAAAACAAGAGGAAAUGGCCUCAAGCUGAGACACAGGAUUUUUAAAUUGGAUAUGAGAAAAAAUAAAUGUCACUAUAUGGGGGUGUCAGGCAUUGGAAGGGGCUGCCCAGGGAGGAGGUGGAAUCCCCAUCCCUGGAUGUGCUUAAAAGGCAUCUGGAUCUGACACCAAGUGAUACAGUUUAGUGAUUUAGGGGAUACAGUAGUGCUGGGUUGACAGUUGGACUGGAUGAUCUUGGAAGACUUUUCCAACCGUGAUGAUUCCAUGACUCUGUAGAGCAACAAUUCUACUUCAGCAGUUCAUCUGUGCUGAGGGAAGACAGUAAAUAUGAAUCCUUCGCUGUUGAGUUGGUCCCAUAUUUAAAAAGGGUCAUUGUUUGCUAGGCUGGGAGGGGAUAGUACCAUCUCUCAUUUAGUUUAAGGCCAAAAUGAAGCUGUAAGAGGCUGCAAAGAGUGGGUCCUGGUUUGCAAAAUGGAGACCAAGGGCUGCCUACAGCAGUCUGGCCUGUUGGCCAUGCAGGUGAACCAGCUCUGCAUUCGAUGCCAGCACACCACGCUUAAGGCAGGCACCACGAAACGUGAGCUAAGCCUUGCUCUGAAAGCACCACGGUUGGAUUCCCUAUCGUCCGCCAUUUGUGGCAGCACUAAAUCACUUAGAGGAGCCUACCCUAUGCCAGUGCACAGCAUCCUUGCAGCAGACUCCAGAAGCAGCCCUGCCUUGCAGUCCUACGGGUACAAAGUAAUGCCCUGCUCCCAGGCAACCUCAGGCCUUGCAAUAAAGUGGAUGCGUCUAAAAACCAGUCAGGACACCAGCAACUGCCCGUAAAAUCACAGAGAGAUUUGGACGAAGAGAUGGCCGAGGUGUUUUUCACUUUCCCCCUGCUCUUUUCACUCCCAUCACGAGGGCUGGGGCUGUACCGUCCAGGAGCCAGGCAGAAACGGGCGCAGACACCAUCGCCGAUGGAAAUCACACACAAGGUAGGGGUUUGCAUCCACCCGCUGCCGGUGACACAAACACAUCCCUGGAACCCUGCGCUGGAGCGCCAGCGCCGGGCUCCGAACGCAGGGCCAGGCCGGGCUGUGAACACGGGAACCGAGCCGAGCCGAGCCGAGCCGGGCCGGGCCGGGCCGGUGGCGUCUCCGCGGACGCCCCGUGCCCGCAGCGGCCGCGCUGCGCUCCUCGGCCGGGGCCGCCCGAGCGGCGGCGGAACAAAGCUCGCUGUGCUGCGGGGCCCGCUCGUCCCGCUGCCCGCCCCGGGACCGCCGCUCCGUGCUUAAAGGGCCCGCGCGGUGUCAAACGGCACCAGCUCGGCUACGGCGACACGGCCCGGCCGCGCCCUUCCAGCCUCCUCCCGGCCCUGGCCGGCACGCAGGGGCACCCAGGGCGCCGGCCAGAGCCAGCCGCACGCCCGCCCCGCCCGCGGGCCGGGGACGCUGGGCCGGCGGUGGCCCGGCCGGCGUUGCUGCCGCCGCGGCCCCUUUAAGGGGCGGUGCGGGUGCCGGGAACCCACGUCAGUUUCGGCCCCGAAACUCCGGAUCAAUGAGCGGCGGCGCGGGGCGGGGCGGGGCGCAGCGCCCGGCCCGGCCCGGCCCCCGCUGCCGCCUUUCGGUUUCUCUCUUUUCCAGGAAGGAAAACACCGGCGGGGACCGGGGCCGCGCCCCCCCACCCCCCACUUCCCUUCCCGCGCACUCCCGCGCCCUCUCCCUCUUCCCGCGCGCGCGCGCGCAUCGCCUCUCACGCGGAGCCGCGAGCACGCGCAAGGCACACGCGCGGCGUGGGGGGGGUGGCGCGCGGGCGGCCGCGCGCGCGCCCGCGGGGAGCGGCGGCAGCAGCAGCGAGGAGCGGCCCCGGCCCCGCGGCCGGACCCCCCCGCGCCACCCCGGCCGCGCCGCGCCCGCCCCCGGCCGCCACUUCCCCUUGAGGGGACGGGCCGGGUCGGGCCGCGCCGCCGCGCCGGGAGAGGAGCGGAAAGUGGGGAAAGCCCGAGAACUUCCCGUCUGCCCGCCCGCGCCUGCCCCGUCGGGCUCCGCCGACUCCCUCCAGAGAGAUGUCCGAGACUCCGGCGCCGUGCUGCAUCAAGGUUUGCAGCCGAUUUACUGGAGCAGGGAGGAUGUGGCACAGUGGCUCCGGUGGGCAGAGAAGGAGUUUUCCUUGAGGCCCAUUGAGAGCAACAGCUUCGAGAUGAACGGCAAAGCUCUGCUGCUCCUGACCAAAGAGGACUUUCGAUACAGGUCCCCUCAUUCAGGUGAUGUUUUGUAUGAGCUCCUUCAGCAUAUCCUGAAGCAAAGGAAAGCUCAUGUGCUCUUCACACCCUUCUUCCACCCUGGGAACUCUAUCCAUGCUCAGCCAGAGGUCAUAUUGCACCAGAAUCAUGAUGAAGAUAGCUUUGUGCAGAGACCUUCGAGACCAUCUGCAGAAGCAAUCCACCACAACCCCCCAACCAUUGAACUGUUGCAUCGCUCGCGGUCACCCAUCACCAACAACCACCGUCCGUCGCCCGACCCCGACCAGAGGCCACUGAGGUCCCCCAUGGACAGCACCUUCCGUCACCUGUCCCCGGCCGACAGGAUGCCAGGCACAAGGCACCCGCAUGAGAACAGCCAGCACGAGCCCUAUCCUCUCUCAGUGUCCCCGGUAGAAAACAACCACUGCCCGCCUCCUUCCGAGGUGCUCCAGAAGUCUUCCAGCCCUCGCCAGGAGAACACCAGGGUUAUCCAGCUGAUGCCCAGCCCUAUCAUGCAUCCUUUGAUACUGAACCCCAGGCACUCCGAUUUCAAACCACCGAGGUUGUCUGAUGAUGGGCUGCACAGGGACGUCAAGCCCAUCAACCUGUCCCACCGAGAAGAGUUAGCUUAUAUGAACCACAUCAUGGUGUCUGUCUCCCCUCCCGAGGACCACGCGAUGCCAAUCGGCAGGAUAGCAGACUGUAGGUUGCUUUGGGAUUAUGUUUAUCAGCUGCUUUCUGACAGCCGGUACGAAAAUUUUAUCCGAUGGGAAGAUAAGGAAUCCAAAAUCUUUCGGAUAGUGGAUCCCAAUGGGCUGGCCCGUCUCUGGGGAAACCACAAGAACAGAACAAAUAUGACUUAUGAGAAAAUGUCCAGAGCCCUACGCCACUACUACAAACUAAAUAUUAUCCGGAAGGAGCCAGGACAAAGGCUUUUGUUCAGGUUCAUGAAGACCCCAGACGAGAUCAUGAGUGGCCGGACAGACCGCCUCGAGCACCUUGAAUCCCAGGAACUGGAUGAACAAAUAUAUCAAGAAGAUGAGUGCUGAAGGAAACAGGUGCAGCACCUCUGUGGGUCCAGGGGAGAAACAUCAGCCUGACGGUCGGCACGGUUGGGGAGGGGAAGCAACACCACAGGAGCAGUACUUGAGGUCGCUGCUUAGCUGGAAGACCACGCAGGACCUGAAGCACCUUAACAAAACAAACUAACUGGCAGAAGUGGUGCUGGCAGGAAAGCCAAGGAGAGAAAGCCUGGACUUAUGCACUACUUCACUGUUCCUACAAAGUCUCCCUUGAGUUUUUUCUUUCUUUUUGGUUUGUUUCAGUUUUGGGGUUUUUUUUGUCAUUUUUUUUUCCCUAAUAAACAUGCAGUUUGACUUUCCUUAUCUCACAUAGGACAAGACAUCAGAUUAUGCUUCUUCUUUUUUUGAUUUUUUUGUUUUUGGAAGGCUUUCCUAUGGAAAUAGAGUGCUCUUAUUUUCUGUGCAAGUCUCAUGACACAACACUGCAUAAACAAUAGCAACACAGAAGGGAUUUGCUCAAAGCUUCCAGUUUGCUUGGAUCAAUUUAUAUGUGCUGCCACUGGGAAACGUGUUGAAACUACCAAAAGAAUUUCCCACACAUACCUGUCAAAUGAAGAGGAGACACCCUUCAGAUGUAGGCUGGGCUGUCAUCCCAGCAUAGCUUGGGCUCACAAAGAGCACUCCGAGUGGCUGUUAACUGCUGGAAUAUGGACCAAAACCAAUCACCUAAGUGCUCCAGAGAGGAGAAAAAUAAAUGUGACAAACCUCUGCAAGUGACUAUCAGUUAGCAUUUUCCCUUCUUCUAGCAAAGAAGUGGUAGAAUGGAGGAGGGGGAAGGGAGGGUGGGGACAAAUACAUAUAUAUGUAUAUAUAUCUAAUAGUUCCAUAUAUAUAUAUAUAUAUAUAAAAUAUAUAUAUAUAUGUAAUCCCCCCCUCCCCAGUAUAUUCACAAUGCAGAAUUGUGAAUUUUAGUUCAGAGUUUUCUAUAAAAAGAAAGACUGAAGCAUCUGUAAUUACAGAAGGAAGGGGUGUUUCUCAUACCUGCUAGCAAUUUUGGGGUGAAAGGUGAAGGACUGUUCCUUACAUCAUAGGGAGAAAGCAAAGGGACUCAUCACAUGGUUUGUAUUACUCAGAAGCCUCUCCAGGAUCAUUUUGUGCUGCUGGAGAGGUAGAUGAUUCACCACUCCAAAAUCUGAUGUUAGAGAACUAGAGACCAAAUAGCUAUACUUAUAUCUUGUAAUUGAUUUUGGCUUUGUUUUGGGAUUUGGGGUUUUUUUUAUGCCUCCCACUGCCCUCCCCCAUCCUACAGCUCUGCCAUCAAGGAAGCUUGUCCCAGCUUGCCUGUUUUUAACAUGAUUGAAGACAAGAGAAAAACAAACCCUACGGCCGUGUUGUUUUCUUGGUUUGGGGUUUUGUUCUGGUUGCAAGGUGCCUCCAUUUGGUUUGCUGCUCUGAGGGUGCUUGGCACGAGGCAAUGCCUAGUUUGGUCACAGAAAGCUCAGGAGUCCUUGAUGCCCAAACAAAAGAAACUGCUGGCCUGUUUCAUUUCACAGCUUGGAGCACCAGGACAGGAAUGUCUGUGGUGUCCAGCAUCUAUCAGCAGUGGUCCUUGGAAUGGAAAGAAGAUCUAGCAGCAGGAAUGAUGCUUGCAGAGGGAGAAGGUUUAUAGGAAAACUGCAGGAAUCACGUGGUGCCUGAAAGAAAGCACGUCCACAGCAGUGCAUUAAAAACAGAAAGCCUCUUUAAUGGAAACAUAAAAGAAACUAGAUCUGGAAAAAAAUCAAAAGGCUAAUCUAAUCCAUUUCAACCAAAAAACAAGGUACAUUCCCAUGAUAGAGCUUUUAUCAGCUAUUAAACCAACACGACAUUUGCUCUUUCCACGUAUUUAACAAGAGGGUUAAUCUAUCCAGGAAAAAAUGGCACUCUGCAAUGAACAGUGUCCCCUGUGUUUAAACAGAGAUAGGCCAAUCUCACCAAAGACUUAAUAUUGAGUCACAGGUCGUAGAAGGAACAGCUUUUUUAAGGGUGGUACAGAUAAGCAUCGUACAACAAGGAGAGAUUUUUCUGAGCCAGUAUCUGAUGAGGGGUGACAGGGUGUACAUUUCUCCCUGAGCUUUUCCCAGCCACAUUUUUCUACAAAAUCACAGUAAGUUACAAGUCCCAGCACACCACGUACUUGAUCUGUUCUGCCUCAAAAUAAUGGACAGGAGAGUGUUUUUUAGCAAUGUGUCACCUGUCUCUGUUGUGACUCUGAAGUCCUUGGAGCUCAUGGGGCGUGAGAUUGGGAGACACUGUGAGACUUCAGUAGUCACAGAUCUGAAACCUAAGGUCCCUUGAGACCAAGGGCCCAAGGAGCUGCUCUGUCACGUUGCUCAAGGGCCCCCAAGUUGCAGCCAGGUCUCAGGAGCUGAAGUGGUAAAUUUGACAGAUGGAGUGUGAUCAGAAGUACCAACGUAAAGAAAGGCUCUAGCUGGAUCCUUGGGUGUCCAGUGGUAGAAAGAGAAAGUUUUUGCAGAGGGUGAUUCAUCCUCUUUACUGCUGUGGUCUAGACAACUGCAUAACUGCAUUAUUUUCUUCAGCCUGCUGUUACAAGAUGGUGAGGGACAAAAAAAAAAAAACCAAAACCAAUAGAGACUUUCUGCAUAAAGUGCUCUGUUGAGUCACAGCUUUUUGUCGUGGCCAAGGUGCGCACUGCAGAAUACAGAGAACCAGAGACAAUCCACCCAUUUCCUCACCAUUAUCUACCAAAUUAAGUCCAUCCUCAGCACCGGGUAAGACAGGAAAAUCACGCAUUGUCCAGUAGGGAAGCUUUAUAGUGGAAAUGUUCACCUUUACAAAGAAAUGCAAUCACUUCCACUUGCAGAAUCUAAGUCAAAGGGGAAAAAAAUGUUUGUGGCUGUUGGAAACGCUUCUCAGUUUACACAUAAAGGACGUCUUAAGAUGUCAUCACAGAGAAGGAUUUCUCCCAAGGCUGAUGCUAGUUGGAAUGAAAGUAGCCUUUGACCUUGGAACAGGCCAGUCCCACAGAGGCCCUUCCUGUCUCCUGCCAAAUUUCCAGGUGCCAAAGGGAACAGUGUGGGUGACACUGGAGCUGCCAGGACUGCAGGGCCUUGGGGCCUGUUGCGGGAACUGCAGGAUUUUAACUGCUCUUGGGGUCUUGGUAUGAUUAAAAAUAAAAAUGUAGUGGCAGGCUAGAGCAGCUGCAGGAGGGAGAUUCCCACUGACCUCACAUCCACUGGCAGAUCCAUGGGAAUGCAAAGACAGCAUUAACAUCCCGAGCCAUAGGAAUGUGUCGCUGCCUGCCAGGGCUAGCAAAGGUAACACUGUCUUUCCACCAACACUGACACCUGCCUUCCUCCCCUCCCCCAGUUUCUGAUUCCCCAGUGUAGAAUUUGCCAGCAGCAAAACAGCCAAACUUUCUGCCUUUGCCACCAGAGCAAGUGGGGGAAAGGGAGAAAGCAUUUCAUCCUUGGAGACGCACAAAAGUCACCUGGACACAGUCCUGGGCAACUGCACCUGGUUGGCCCUGCCUGAGCAGAGGGGGUUUGACCAGAUCCCUGCCAACCUCAGCACCCAGCAAGGGUUCUGAGUGGUUUAGUGGUUAUGCAAAGGUUAAGUGGGACCUUCACUGUCAUCAGCUUGCUACAAGCCUCAACAAGCCACAGGUCAGUCAUGUAGGACAUGCUGCAGUUCCACAGCAGAAUAUUUGCUUGAAUAAAGUUUGAAACCUGUUGACUGCCUCUCCAUCCAGAGAACACUACUGGGGCCCUUUCUGUGAACACUAAGUUGCUGCCAUUCUCCCCAUAUUUCAAACUCCACAUAUGCAUUCUCCAGAUCUUUUUUGUCAGACUGCAACUGUACACGAAUCCAGAGUUUGAGGUCUUUUUUUUUAAAAAAAAUAAAAUUCUAGUGUUUUUAUUGAUGAUGGCUUUUGUUUUUUUAAGGUGUGGGGUAAGGGACUGAAUCAAAUGAAUGUAACAAAACAAAAACAAGCCUAUUCUCAGGGCCAGUGAGUUGCAAAUAAUUUUUAAAAUGCUUGUAAUUACAUCAUCUCAAUAAAAAAAUUUAAUAUAAAAGCA